AUGCCGAGAGUGGUACUCGAACCCGCUACAUCCGGAAUUAUUUUUCUGCUUCGUCCAAUUAUCAAAUUACGAAAUAAAAUGAGUUUUGUAGAUCUUGCAACCUUAACUAUGCAUCGCCGGCAUGAGAUGGAAGCUAGAAUUAACUCAUUUCUCGAAAAAUGUGACCAUGCUAUUCGGGAUUUAAAAAAACUGAAAUUGCAGGCAAAAAGUUUCGUACAUAAUUUAAAUUGCGAGCCUUCAGAGCUAAAGGAUAGGUUUCUCAGUUGUAUGAAGCAGCUAGAUGAAUUUACAUAUCUUGUAACAGAUUUUAAUCUUGCAAUGAGUAAACUAGAUUCAACAAACAAUAUAGAUUUUACUCCUGUUCAAGACAUAUCGAGUCUCCCUCUAAAGACACAAUCACAAACAUGUGCCUUCAAUUUAAUGGAUGCAUUGAGCGAACCAAUUCCAUCCACUUCUAAAGAGUGUACUAAUUACUGCAAAGAGAAACCUGUAAAAACAAAAGUUCCAAAGGAGGACCAGCUCUUAAUUGCUUUUUCAAGCACUUCAUGCUCCUCGGAGAGUGUUCCUCUGCCAAAGAGUGAAAAUGAGUUACAUUGUAAUAAUUUAAUAGAAGAAGUUAAGAAAUUGAAUAUAGACUAUAAUUAUGAAGAAUGCAAGUUACCUGCUCAAACUAUUCUCCAAAUAGACCAUGUAUACACGGCAACUAUUAUGCAUACUGAUGGAAUAUCCUUUUGGGUUAUUACUGAUAAUGUAAAUGAAGUUGUUGACCUAAUGACUACCAUAACUGAAUACUACAAACAACAUAAAGUAGAAAUGAGCAUAGAGGAGCUGAAGAUGCUCACAUACUGUGCUGUUUAUGAUGAAACUGAAGACUGCUACUAUAGAGGGUUCCUAGUAAACCUGAAGAGGGACAUGAGCGUGGCGGAGGUGUUUCUAGUGGACACGGGGGAGACGAGGCAGGUGUCGCCGGCGGAUAUGCAGCCCUUGGAUCCCAUGUUCUGUAAGAAACCGCCGUAUGCACGCUGCUGCCAUCUGGCGGGGUUGGACAUUCUCGACCCAGAGAAUACAGAUCUGAUGGAAAAACAGGAAAUGAUCCUCAAAGAACUAAUAGGGGGACCGUGCCGCAUCAGAAUAGAUGAUAACUCAUCGGAAUCUCUUGACGUAUACUUGAUGUAUUGGUCGGGAGAAGUUGUUAAUGAUAAGUUGUUAUCCCAAAGAGAAACACUAUUAACAACUACCGAAUCAACAGAAGACGCGAAAGGUCUUCCGGAAUUGGCCGAAGAGAACUUCAACAUAGCAGAAGGUCCAGAAUAUGACGACCCCGUUGAAGCUGUAACGGGCUAUAGCAAUCGAGAUGAAAUAGACAUCUGCAAACAUUAUAAAGGAGGAUCAAAGAAGACCUGCUUUAAAGGUUCACGGUGUACAAAAAAACAUAUACGGAAACACCCAGACGGUUGGACGUUAGAUAAAGUGUCUGUGCCAGUGAAGUGCAAGUCGGUGCCGCUGCCGGCGCCCGGCGCGUGGCGCCGCGUGCUCGUCACCUUCGUGGCGCACUUCGACCGCUUCUACGUGCACCUGCUGGACGGACAGCCCGACGUAAAGGAAACCAUACCGAGGUUCGGCGUAGUGCUGCCACCAACCACUCUAGACGCGCUCAUACUAGACAUGAACUCCGAGGCGACUCGUGCAGCGUACAAACCUCUCAAGAUGAUGCCCUGUCCCGGCGAGCUGGUGGCUGCGCUGUAUUCAGAUGAGAAGUGGUACAGAGCGAAAGUCUUAUCUUCGACGCGAGCUGACCAAAACGUUGAGGUCCUAUACAUAGACUACGGACAAGUGUUUUGGGUGAAAGAGGACGCUAUAGCGGAACUGGAGCCCCGUUUCUGCUCGCUGGCGGCGCAGGCGGUGCGCUGCGUGCUCGCCGGCGUCGAGGCCAGGAGCCAGGACUUCCAGCAGUGGGCCCUCGCCAAGGCGGCCCUCACACAGCUGAUACACGAACGGACAUUACAAAUGCAUGUUAUAUGUCAAGAUUAUGAUGAAGUGGUGGUGGAACUGUUCGACGAAAGCGAUUACAGUAUCUCCGAACAGUUAGCCGCCAGUGAAUAUGUCAAUUUGAAGCCUUACUCCGUAGAGGAAGACAAAGGCGGCAAACAGAAAAUAGUGGUGCCC